GUCAUAUUCAGCAUGGAUGUUCGAACUGGCAACUGAAAGCGUUAUUAGAAACCAAAUAUGAAGAAGUUUUUCGGGAAACUUGGAAAGAAAAAAGGUGAACCUGGAAGACCAACACCGCCACCAUCGCCAAAUCUUGGGGCAAUUGGAGCUACAGGAGGGGUUUAUGUUGGUUAUGAAGUGAGAGAAAAGGACUUGCCGAAGCUUCAUAAAGCUGUUUGGAAUGACGAUUUAGCGAAAGUAAAGUCCUUAGUUAAGAAGGAUGCGAACGGUUUAGAUAAGGAAAACAGAACCCCUUUACAUCUUGCUUGUGUGAAAGGUAGUAAACCAAUUGUCCAGGAAUUAUUGGAGUGGCAUGCCAAACCAAAUAUUGGAGACAAUGAAGGCAAAACUCCCCUUCUUAAGGCUGUUGAAUGUAAGAAUGAAGAUUGUGUCAUGUUAUUACUACAACACACUGCUGAUGUUGACACACGAGACAGACUCGGAGAUACUGCUGUACAUGUUGCUGUAAAAAAUAGUUAUACCAAUAUUUUACGUCUCCUGAUCAAAAGUGGAGCAGAAAUCAACAUUAGAAAUAAGAGUGGUUUUGCUCCUUUACAUCUUGCUGUGAAGAAUAAAAAAGAUGAAGUGACAAAGAUAUUGUUACAAAAUAAAGCUGACUUUGAUGUGAUGGAUGGAGAUGGGAGGACACCAUUGAUGUAUGCUUGUUAUGAAGGGGCAAUAACUCAGGUGAAAGAUUUGAUAACAGUUGGUGCAGAUACCCAAAUCAAAGAUACAAAAGGAUUCAAUGCUGAAGAUAUAGCCAAUCAAAAGGGUCAGCAUGCUUGUUCCCAUCUACUGAUAGAACAUAACAACAAACAGUCAGGUAGUGUGGCCAGUACACCAAGGAUGCCAUCCAUAUCAAGUAGAACUAAUACACCCAGACAGGAGAGUAGUGAUUUAAUGUUUGGGUUGCCUGCUACAAAUAUGGCAAAUGAUUAUGACUCUGAUGAAGAUGGCACCUUUAGUAAAAGUGCUGGAGAUGACUCCUGGAAAUCUGAUGCUGACAUGAGUCUUAGUCUACACGGGAAGAGAACAGGAGGUUUGAAACUACCUUCACCGACUUUAGACGAUACAGAUGAGGAAGUGGAAAUGCCGAGGGAGGAGGGUGCAACGCCAAAAGUAAAUCUUGCCAAAGCAUUGAAUCGUAUUACUACUGGAAGUGAUGCUUCAGAUAAUGAAGCACUUCGUUCCUGUUUGAGAAAGAACAGUUCAUUUUCAGAUAAAGAAGGUGACAGUGAAGGGCAUGACAUACCUGUCAAAAGACUGUCUGCCAAAUCUAUCCAAUCAGUAACCUCGGCGGAAAUUGAAUGGUCAGACGAAGAUGAGAAUUCUCCUGUCAACACACCUAGAAAAUCAUCUUCAUCCAAAGUUUCAUUUAUAGAUAAAGAUGUAUCAGAAAUCCAUGAAAUUACUGCAACAGAAAGUGAAACUGACGAUGGUGGGGAAUACCAAGGGUCAGAGGCCAAACGACCAAAAUAUGACCACACAUUUCAACAACAGCAGAAUUCUGGAUACACACCAACAGGAUUAACAGGGGUUGCUAAUGAUGAACUGAGCCAACAGAAACUCAGAGUUGAAAAUGAGUAUGCCAAUGGUACCGAUUUUAUGAAGGACAUUGGGCUAGAAGAUGAUGAUGUUGAUGACUUCACAUCUACACCUGACAUUUCUGAAAUGUCUGAACCUAUAGAGACUGCUCCUAAACCGCCAGAGAACCCCCCGACACAGAGUAAACAGCAUGACAGUGACUGGGAUUCAACAGAGCCUGGUAUAACUCCUAGAACACAAAAGAGUAUACUGAAAACUUCUAAUAGACAGUAUGAAGGAGAAACACAACAACAAAUACAGCCAAAGAAACAACCACUAUCUCCAAGAUCUGAUGAAGAAACAUCAGAAUGGGAUAGUGAUGUAGAGGACAUGCUUGAUCCUAAAAAGAAAAAAGACAUAAAAGAAGGGAUGAAUAUUGAUCAGGAGAGUCCUAGACAUCUUGGAAAGAGAUAUGAAGUCCAUGGAGAUGGUAGUGUGAGUGGUAUAGGUGAUUCACCAAUAGUUAUAAGAGAGACUCAAGAUUUAACAGAGGAUAAUAUUCCCAAAACUCCGGUUUCAUUGGAAAAAGAAACACCAAAAGCUAUGAUUGAGGAAAGUGAGGACGAACAGCAGAAUAUCAUUGAUUUUGAUAGGACAGAUUCUUGGGAUUCAGACACUGACGGUUUCAAUACAGCAGAUGAACAAGUGGAUGGUAAUAAAAUGUUUGAAAUCGGGGAGGAUGGGAGUAUUCAGGGAGUUGGUAUGUCACCAAUUGAAUUACAUGAUGAUGAAGAUCAGGAAGUAGACAGUGAAGUUGCUGAAGUAUUCAAAGCAGAAGAUGACAAAAGUUUGUCUUAUAAAGAGGACAUCAGCCACUCAGUCAAACAAAUUUUACCAUCACCUGGGGAAGGUCAAGAUGAAGGUCAACCAUCAAAAGAGUUUAACCUGGUUUUAGAUGAAGGUCGAGAAUCACAAGGGUUUGACCUUGAUGUUCAUGAUGAAGAUCAUGAUUCCUCCAGUAUAAAGAACCAGGAAGAAUUGGAAAGUCAAAGGCCAUCCUUUAUAGGAAGACAGGAGGCAGUCGAAGAGUUUGUUGAGCAGAGUAUUUCACAGAACAUUGGAGGACAUUCUGAGUCAGGAGGUAGUAAUUGGGAUUCCUCUAAUGAUGCUGCCACACCUAGAGGGCCUCCAUCCAGGUUGACAACUUCUGCAAUAGUGGUAGGGGUAGAUGAAGAUGAAGAGGAUGAUGAUUUUGAUGAGGAAGCAGAGGUACCAGUACAGGUACCAGUACACAAGGAAGUUGUAGAAGAACCACAACAGGAAGUUAUGGAAGAGACUGUUGAUGCAUUGAACCAUACUGGAGGUUCUCAUAUCAGCUAUGUAACAACUGAUAGCCAUUCAUCUAAAAAUACUGUAAUACAGGUGACAAAGGAUCAGGAUCAAGAUCAACCAGAGGAUGAAGAGGAUGAAGAUUCAGAGUGGGAUUCAGAUGAAGAUAUAGAUUGUGUGGAUAAUGUCAGUCCACCUAUUGGUGUUUCUCCCAUUGUCAGAGGCUCUGAAUUCUCUGUAGAAGAAGAAGAGGAUGAAGACGAAGAAUCUGUCAGUGAAUGGGAGUUAGAAAGACUAAGAGAAAAGGAGCAUAAACAAAAGUUAGAAGAGGAGGCAGAAAGAAGGAGAGAAGAAGAAUUAGAAAGACAAAGGGAGGCAGAAAGAUUGGCUGAGCAGGAAGAAUGGGAGGAACUUCAGCGACAAGAACAGCUCAAGAGAGAGGAAGAAGAGGAAGCAUUAAGACAGAAGUUAGAAGAAGAGGAGGCUUUGAAAAGACAAAUGGAGGAGGAUGCACAAAGGCAAAGAAUGGAAGAAGAGGCUCGGAGGCAGCAACUAGAAGAAGCUCACAGGCAACAAUUGGAAGAAGAGGCUCAUAAGCAACAUUUAGAGGAGGAGGCUCAUAGACAACAAUUAGAAGAGGAGGCUCAUAGACAGGAGGAAGAAAGACAAAAGAAAGAACAGAUACAGAAGAAUGGAAGUGAUAAAUUAACUAAGAAAAAUUCAUUUAAAGAUGAAGAAACUUCAUCACCAAGAAGGUUUGAAAUGAGGCGAGUAAACCUCCUCAGUGUGACAGACUUUCUAAAGUCCACCAAGUCUGAGAUAUACAAAGCUAAUGUAACUAUGAAUAAAGCUCAGCAGAAAGAAGGAACCAGUUCAAAACCUGUUGUUGAAGAAUCGUUAGAAAAGGCAGAUGAUUUAAUGUCCUUUACUGCUCCUGUCUCCGCCCCUGUUGUAAAGGAGACUGCAUCAGCUGUUCAGUCAUCUUAUUCAGCUACCCCCAUAGUAGAGGAGACAAUACAGAAAGAAGACAAAUCAAGGUCAUACACUUCAAUGAAGGGACAGGUUGAAGAGAGCGUUACUUCUUUCUCCUCACGGCAGCCAAUCAAGACAACUAACACAAAACGUGAUGUAGAGAAAUCUAUUGACUCUUCAAAAGAACAGAAAAGGCGACCAAUGUCUCUAGAAAGUAUAGAUAUAACAGCUGAUGAUGACGAUGAGUCCGUUGAUAUGGAUCAUGUUGCUGAUCCUGAAAGGCAGGAUAUGGGAUCAUAUCUGCGGACUCUCCCAUCCAGUUACAGUGCAUACAAAUAUAAUGGUUUUUUCGAUGAUGACCUUAUCUCCCUGACCUCCACAGAAGUCGAUGACAGUAUGACUUACCAACCAAACACACCAUAUGGGAAAGACAUUCUCGCAAAUAUGAAUCUCAGUGACCCAGGAACAGUGCUGAAACUUCAGGACCAUAUGCAUGAACAGAAUAAACGACUUGAUCAUGAAAGGAAUGCAAGAAUAACAAUGGAAAACAAAUAUAAAUCUUUAUUUAAAGAAAAAAAUGAACUUCAAAAGAAGGCUGAUGGCCUCAAUCAACAGAGGUCUAAUUUGGAGCAGGAGAAGCUGGAUUUGGAAACCAGAAUCAGGAAUUUAGACUAUAAACUUAGUGAAGAAUCAGAAAUGAGGAAAAAUGCUGAGACAUUGCUGUCAAAAACAAAAGACCAGCUCAACAAAAAAGAAGAACAGUAUACUAGUGAGAUUGAAGCCAAACAGGCAGCAGAAUUACAGAUGAGAAAUUUACAAAUGGAGCUCAGAUCUGCCAACAACUCAAUUAAACAGAUGAGAGAUUCCAUUGAGAAAAAGAAAAAGCUUGAAGAGGAAAAAGAGGAAUACCAGCAACAAGCACAACACGAGAAGAAUGCACGACAAAUGCAGGAGCAGAUUAAUGAGGAACAACACCGUCUUCAUGAACAGCUACAGUUCAAACAGGCAGAAAUUGCUUCUAAACAAGAAAGUGUACCGUUUGAUGCUGAAAAUCAGUUGGAGGUUGCUGAUGAGGACAGAAAACAUGCCCAUGACUCUCUGAGUAUACUCAGGGCUGAACUCACUGCACUUAAGAGUGAAUUAGAGAAGGAAAGAAAAAGAAGACGUGAUGAAGCUUCUAUGAUGUCUGGUGAAAGUGAGGAACUUCAGGGUAGGAUUGAGGACCUGAAGAAUGAGAAUAAAAUGACAGAAGAUGCUCUGACGAAGGCCACAAUGGCACAUAGUUUACAAGUCAGUAAUCUGAACACAGAAAUAACCAUUAUCAAUUCUCAGUAUGAGAAAGAGAGAGCAUCUAAAGAAAAAGUGGACGCUGAGCUUGAAUCAUUGAAGACCAGAUUACAGAGUAGUAGUUGGGAGGUUGACAAGGCAGAGCAGGCUAGGAGUGAAGUAGAGAGGAGGUUACAGUACGAGAAGGAAGAAUGGACAAAGCAGUUAGAAAACAGUCAGAAAGAUAAUACAUUACUAAAGGACCAACAGCAAACUCUGUUACAUAGAUUAUCUAGUCUAGAAGCCAAAUUAAACUCUGUAGAAAAUGAGUUACAUGUUGCCAAUACUUCCCUGUUAGAGAGAACUAACCAGUUACAGCAAUGUCAGAAAGAUCUAGAAUACUAUAAAUCCGCCCAGGAUAAUUACGACCAGAACUAUAAAUUAGAAAAGGAGCAUAAUUCGAAGCUCCAGACCAAAGUAGAAGGUCUACAAGAAAAGGUUACAGGUUUCCAACAUGAAAAUCUAACACUUAAACAACAGCUAGAAUCUUUACAACAUGUGCUGAGUGAUAGAUCAGGGGAAGAUGCACAUGAGAAGUUUACUAGCAUGCUAGCUUCUCUCAAAACUGAGAACGAAAAGGCUCGUUUAAAUCUGGAAGAAAGAAACUCAAGUCUCUCAGAACAAGUGACAAAGCUAAAGGAUGAAAACAGAAGCUUGGAAGGAAGAAGGGGUAACUUGGAACAAGAUAAUCAGCGACUGAACAGGGAAUAUACAGAUAUGUUUAAAAAAUUAUCUGUAGCUGAAGCCUCACAUGAAGUUAGCAGUAAGGCUAAAGAACACCUAGACUCAGAAAAACAUAAACUUGCCAUGGAUCUAGAAAGGACUCAACAGAAAUAUGAGACUGCACAACAAAAAUGUCUAGAAUUACAGACCAGGGUCACUGAAAUAACAGAGCAUGUCAAGAAAGCUGAGAAUGUCCGUGACCAAGCUAGGGCUGAGCUGAUGAACACAUCCCUUAAUCAGGAUGAAGGAAACAAGAUCCGACAGGAUUUAGAGGGAACUUUACAUCAUAUACAGAUAGACAAUGCCAGAUUAGAUGCUGAACUUAAACAUGAGAGACAAAGGGUUGAACAGUUACAGAAAGAUUUGCAAGAUUCACAGAAAGUUCGAAGUAGUAUGGAAGCCUUGUGUUCAAAUCUGAAAUCAGCAAAUAAUAUGUUAGAAGAUAAGAGAGAGCAUGUUCAGUCAGAUAAUAGCAUGGACGAUGAGGUGACCACUCGGGUACUGUUAACACAGGAAGCAGAAGAAAACAAGGAACUCUGGGAAAAAGAGGUUAUAUCACGUUCUAAACUUGGUCUCAGGGUCUCACAGUAUGAGAAACAAAGACAGGAAGCAUUGUCACAUUUAGAGGAGGAAAGAAGAAAGGCAAGAAAAGCUACAGAAAAAGUGAAAAUUGCUGAAACCAAGCUGGAAGCAGAACAAGAAAAGAAUGUAGAACUACAGAAAGAAUUGGCUACUAUGAAAGGUUACUUGAAGAUGGCAAAGAGGAAACUGAAAGUUCUGGACACGAGUGAUUCACGUGUGAACACCAUCAUCACAGAAUUUGACAAGGAAAGAUUAACCAUGGAAGGCACUCUCUCCGAGGCUAGACAACAGAUUGCCAGCUUACAGCAAACCCUGGAAAGUGAAGCUGAUGAAAAAGAAAAAUUACAUUCCAAAAAUGUACACCUUCAGACAAAAAUUGCCUCUCUGAAACAUUUGGAGAAAAAUGUUGACAAACUGGAAAAUAGUAAAUAUAAAUUGGAGGAGGACUACAAAAUGUACAAGGCCAAGAUAGAAAAUAGUUAUGUCAACAAAGAUGAGCUAAAUCAAAAGGAAAAAGAACUAGAGGCCCACUACAGGCUUCAAUUAAACAGGAAGUUAGAUGAGAUUAAUAAUUACCUGGAACAACAGGCCAGAGCUAGAGAAAGGCUUGAUAACUCCAGGGAUGAAACAGAAUAUAAAAUCAAAGAUGCCAGGAGAAAACUUGAGGAUGAAAACACAUCUCUAAAAAUACAAAAUGAGCAGAUCAAAGCACAAAAGGAUAGCAAGGAAAUGGAAGCCAAACGUUUCCGUGACCUGUAUGAUAGUGAAAUGCAGUGGAGGAUGAGACUAAGUGAACAGUUAGUACGGACUACAGACAAGGCAUAUGGGUACAAAUCAAAGUUAGUCAGUGCCGAAAGACAGAGAGGAAGAAUUCAAAACAAUUUAUCAUUUUCCUCACCAGUUAAUGGUAAUGCAUUGGACUAUAGCAGACUGAGUAUGAAUGGAGACGACAUUCUCAGUAAUAGACUGAGGGUGGAGUUAGAUCGUAGCAUAGCCAAACAUUUAGAAGCAGCCCCCCAUGACAACAUACAGCCUGCGAUACGAACUCAUGACGACAGUAUCAUGAACUCUUCGUUUGCCAAAUCUAGUGCAGAAUACUUAGAACUGUUAAAACGUAAAUACUGUGUAUAGCAGUGCCAUAGGGUAGAAACUUUAUAACAUGUGUUCUAUUGACCGUCCAGCCAAUGAUAUUAUUAUGAUACUCUGUUAAAGAUUAAUACUGAAAAAUCUGUGUAUGAUUACACAGAAAGUAGUAAUUGUUAAGGGAAUUUUUAGUCGUCACAGAUUUUAGUUUUCAAAAUUUUACAAGAAUGCUGCCAAACAUUUAGUUUUGAUUUAGUCAAAGAUCAGUUGAUGAUGCAGUUUACUUUUCAUGUUAUUUGUUUUUACGUAAUCUGCAUAUCCUACUAAAACUUGGAAGGAGUUUUAUCAUUGUUUAAUCGUCACAUUUUUAUAACAAGAUUAUGCAAAUUGCAAUAAUCAUAUGUAGAAUGAUUAUACUGAAAUCAAUAUGCACAAUGACUUCCAUAUUUAUUUAAUGAUUUAAAUGUUUUAAUCAUUUUGUUCCAAGUUGAAGGGAUGUUGAUUUUUUUAUGAUUUAUAAGAACUAUAUUUUUAAGUGCUUAUAUUUGUGGGAUUAAGAUAAUAUUUAAUCUUAAAAAGAAUCACAAGAAUAUCCUUCCAGUAAUUGUUUGUACUCAGAAUCAGUGUGUUUCUUUAUAUACAUGUAGAUAUUUGUAAUAGAUCACCUAUAGAUAAACAUUUAUCUCCCUUUUGCACAGUUUUGGCGAUUUAUUUCUGCAGUAAUUUAAAAAAAAAGAUAAAAAGAAACCAAAGAUUUUUUGUGCAACACAACUGUUUCUGUUUUGCAUUGGUUAAAUCAUGAAUAUUCAUUUAUUGAGUGUAAAGUGUGGUGCAUAUUUGCCACUGCUUUCGAAAAAAUCCAGGAAAUAAAAAAUUCAAUAGUAGUUUCCUGUUUGAGCUACUGGAUUUAUUUAGAGUGUCAAGAUAUUAUUCAUUCAUCAAAACAAUAUUUUCUUUGUAUUCUGUAAAUUUUAACAUCAAUAUAAAUGCCUUCUUCCAAAAGCUAUGACUUUAGUCACCCUUUUUAGAAUAAAUUUUUGUGGUUCAAAUGUUGGAAAGUGUGCAUGAAGUGUUGUAUUUCUUGCUGCAUCCAGUAAUCCCAGUAUUGUCAAGGAUUUCAUUUCUGAGAGUGAUGUGUGAUUCAGUCAGUCACAAAAUGUGUAUAGUAUGAGUGGGUUACUUCUGCUGUUGUUAAAAUUGAUUUUACUUAGUUGUUAUUUUUGUUGUUGGUCUGUUGUUGCAGUUGAAUCUUUAGACCAGAAUGAUUUUUUAACUGAGUGAUAUUUUUUAAUUAGUGUAUUACAUAUUGAAUUAAAAAUGGAUCAUGCAGAAGACAAAUCUAUUUGAUAUUAAGGUGAUUCAAGCUUAGAAUUAUAAAAAAGACAUGCUUUGAAUUGAAGUAUUUAGUUUAAUUAUUUGUUCGGUACAUGUAUAUCAAUGAUAUUAAUGUGAUCAAGGGUAAUGUUGGUGCAAUUUACGACUCAACAACCAUAAUACCUUGAUGUUUUCGUCAAAAUUAAUUAGCAUAGGUAGCAUAAUUAUAUGUAAAUGUAAGUUAGACAUUUAUUUAUAAUUAUGAAUAGUUUACCCCUGAGGUCCAUGAAAAAGUAAAGUGAAAGUAGGAAUGUGAUUUUGUUGACAAUCUUAAUAUUUAAAACAAAUAUAAAAUGAUUUUCUGUAAAUUGAGAAAAUGAUACAUGACAUGUAUCCAUCCACAAAAGUGAUUAAAAUUUGUACUUGUAUCCGUCCACAUGUGUGAUAAAAUUUGUGCAUGACAUUGUAUCCGUCCACUGUUUUGUUUAGUGUUACAUGUCUUGGUCAUUGCCAGACCCCUCAUGAGUCAAAAUUGUUUUGUGUCAGUUCCAUACAAACCAGAUGAUCAUGAAAUAUUCUUUCUGUUUUCGCUGUCAUUUCUAUGAAAGAAUAUUUCACUCAUUCAGAUCCAUUCAACAACAUAGUUUACAUGGAAUAACGUUUUAAUUCAUGAGAAUUUUAUAAUAUAUUGAACAUAGUUAAAGUAUAGUAUUGUACUCGGUAUAUCCAAAGCCAGUUUAACUGCAAUAUUAUCAUAUCAAAUAUUAUUUGACAAUUAUUAUAUUUAUAUCAAGUCACAAUUUAUUGUUUUCAUUUUUUAUACACAUUUUAUUUGUUACUCAUUUUGUAAAACUUUAUACAUCAAAACAGUUAUUUUAAUAAAAUAUAUCAAACAGA